GGAAACGGGCGGGGAGCGGCGGGCGCUCCGCCCGCGGGGUUUCUCUAUGGUGGGGAGCGGCGGGGCCGGGUGCGCAUCUGCGGUACCGGGAGCGCGGGCGGGGACUCUUCGGGAACGGAACGGUGCGGGGCCGGGCCGAGGCUGUGGGGCAGCCUGAGGCGCAGCGCCGGGCGGUGCCUGACCCCGCCGCCCCCGCGGGCAGGGGCGCGCAAUCGCUCCCCGGCCCCSAUGAAGCUGCGCGAUGCCCCGUCCGCCUGCCCGUCCCUGUGGCGCUGCCUGCCGUGCCCGCCGGCCGAGCUGCGCCUGGACCUGGUGCUCUCCUCGGGACAGAGYUUCCGGUGGUGGGAGAGCAGCCCGGGGGCCUGGACGGGUGUGCUGGGGGGGCGCGUCUGGACACUGCGGCAGGACGGGGACCAGCUCUGGUACACGGUGUACGGCGAGGAGGAUGAGCAUGAGGAGGAGCAGGAUGGGUGUCCCGCCAAAGCAGCGAAGCUGGACGGUGCAGAGACRGACCGGAUCCUGCGCGACUACUUCCAGCUGGACGUGGGGCUGUCGGCCCUGUACCGUGCCUGGGGGACGGCCGACCCCUUGUUCCGUAAGGUGGCCAGUGAAUUCCCAGGGGUGCGGGUGCUGCGGCAGGACCCCGUCGAGUGCCUCUUCUCCUUCAUCUGCACCUCCAACAACCACAUUUCCCGCAUCACUGCCAUGAUUGAGCGCCUCUGCCAAGCCUUUGGCCGCCGCCUCUGCUGCCUCGACGACCGGCCCUUCCACGCUUUCCCAUCCCUCUCGGCACUCACAGGCGCUGAUGCCGAGGCCCGGCUGCGGGCACUGGGUUUUGGGUACCGGGCCAAGUUUGUCAGCGGCAGUGCGCGGGCCAUCGCCCAGGGGCUYGGCCCCGAGGGGCUGUGCCAGCUCCGCACCGCGCCUUAUGCCGAGGCCAGGAAGGUGCUGUGUGCCCUGCCUGGUGUCGGUGCCAAGGUGGCCGACUGCGUCUGCCUCUUGUCCCUGGACAAGGCGGAGGCAGUGCCAGUGGACACCCACGUCUGGCACAUCGCACGGCAGCGCUAYGGUUUGGCAUUGGGUGGCAAGAGCCUGACCCCCCGGGCCUACCAGGAGAUCGGUGACUUCUUCCGGGAGCUGUGGGGCCCUCGUGCCGGCUGGGCGCAGGCAGUCCUGUUCUGUGCUGACCUCCGCAAAGGCCAGAAGCCAGCUGGCAGCCAACAUCAGGCCUGGGAGAACUGA